AUGCCGAACACUGCAGCACCUCCCGCUCUCCUGCCCCCCUCCUCCAAUCAGCGAUCCGGCGAUCCCGAUAAAGAACAGAGUCCGGGUGAGUACUCGUCCGAUAUCGACUCCGACAAUGACCUUGUCGACCCCAAUGGCUCCAGCAGCGGCCGAGCGUUGAAACGGAAACGGCCUCUCACUGUCUCGUGCGAGCUAUGCAAGCAACGAAAAGUCAAGUGCGAUCGAGUGCAACCGAGUUGCGGCUGGUGUACGCGCAAUGGCCAGCUAUGUGAGUAUAAGGAACGGAAGAAGCCUGGCCUGCGGGCUGGUUAUGGCAAGGAGUUAGAGCAACGGCUCGACAGGUUGGAGCAGAUCAUUCAAGCGCAGGCCCGUCUCCUUGAAAUGCAUGUCCUGCAGGGCCAGCCUUCAAUGCGUCGUGAAAUGCCUCACGCCGGCUCACUCUCCUACAGCUCUCCAUCAGAACCCUCGGCGGUCCUCGGCCCCAGUCCCCGCGCAGCACUUUAUUUCAACGAUCCUGCUCCUUCGGUGACCAUGCCUUCCCGUCAAGCAGAUAUCUCUAUCACAAGCACUUCAGAUACCUCGGUCAAUAACCUAGCUCAUAACAGCCUUCAGAAUGGAGGAACAGCACCUUCAUUGAGCUCGUUGCCGCCUGCUCCAGAUGCACACACAAAUAACGACUACACGGGAAACGAAUCCUCGUUGAAAGUUCCAGUCAAUCUAUUUGGCAAUCAAGAGCAGUCACUAGCAGAUCCUGACCUAGACCUUCCGCCAUAUGAUCUGCUUUAUGCACUGGUGGACUUGUACUUUGAGCACAUCAACUCCUGGUGCCCAAUUAUGCAUCGCCGGUCAACACUGGACACUUUCUUCGGUCCGUCCCCGCUGGAGGAGGCAGACCGCAUGGUCUUGUACGCUAUAGUCGCAACAACGUUGCGCUUUUCUUCCGAUCCCCGACUCAGCGACCAAAGCCGGAAGCGUUACCACGACUCUUCCAAGCAGAAAGUGCUCUUGUAUGGUCUAGAGAAUUCAUCUGUGAAGGCUCUCCAAGCCCUGGUGAUAUUGGCGCUAGACUUGGUUGGGUCAUCAAACGGUCCGCCGGGUUGGAAGCUACUUGCUCUGAUCACAAGAUCUGUGGUCCAGUUAGGAUUGGCUGUGGAGUCCAAGUCCUCUCUGAUCGCCCCCGUCUAUCCCUCGAUUUAUACUCUGAGAGCAGUCACUUUAUCUGAGCCUGAUUCCUGGAUCGAGGACGAAAGCAGACGACGCUUGUUCUGGAUGGUCUACUUGCUGGACCGGUACUCCACGAUCGCUACUGCUUUCAACUUCGCAUUAGACGAUAAGGAUAUCGACCGCAAGCUUCCCUGCAGAGACGAAUACUUCAUGAAAAACCAGCCAGUGGAGACGCGACGAUUUCACUGCUCCAGUGAUCGUGCCGAUUAUCUGAGCCAUGCGGACAAUGUGGGAUCCUUCGGCCUAUAUGUCGAGAUUCUCGGUAUUUUUUCCCGCAUCCAUGUGUUUCUAAAGCGACCUGUGGAUAUUGGCUCGCUCUCUGAUGUCGAGGAAUGGCAGGCUACCUAUCGCAAACUGGAUAGUGAGCUUACAUCGUGGGAAUUUAAUCUGCCUGCUGAGUAUGCGUACGAGAACUCAUCGCGCCUCUUUGGGACAAAGCAGAGCCGGAAUCUCCAUAGUGACUGGGUGCAACUCCAUGCAACCUAUCAAACGGCCGUGAUCCGCUUGCAUUCAUCUGCAGCCUACCCAACCACCCGGUCGCCGAUUUUCACCCCCUCGUACAGUGCCAGUCAACGGUGCCUGCUAGCUGUCGACAACAUUCUGUCAGUGACACGUUUUGUCGUCGAACAUGAUAUGCUCGACAAACUCGGGCCGCCUUUCGCAUUCACCCUUUGGGUCUCGGCCCGACUUCUACUUGUUCAUGGAUCAACCAUCGCCCACACCGUUAGUCCUGACAUCCUGUUCUUCGUCGACACACUCGCCCACAUGGGGCAGUACUGGAAGGUUGCCGAGCGCUACAGCAACAUUCUCCAACGUGUGCUCGACGAGUACCGCGAAUACCAGCAAUCCGCAGCUACAGACGCCGAACGCUCUACUCCCUCCACGGUCAAAAUCCUGGCCGACAUGCGACGCUGCGCAUUUGACCUCGACUUCCUCAUCUCUCGCCAACCCCGCGAAUCACCGUCGACCAUAAGCAGCGGCGGAAACGAUCCAAUGCGCCCUUCCAAUUCCGCCGUCACCCCGCGCAACCUUGCGCCAAAUGAACUGGAGUACCUCGAUGUCUUCGGGUUCUUCAAUGUACCACGCGUGCCACCCGCCCGCGCCCCAGGUCCAAAUACAGCUGCCACUGCGCACCUGGAAAUGUCUGAGUCUGUUCCAAAUCCCAUGUCGAUCCAUGGACUUACAGGCUCUGGCCCUGGGGUUAAUGGAAAUGCCUCUGCCAACACGAAUGAGUUCAAUAUUACCAACUACCUGAUUCCCACUCCGGAGACAGAUUGGCUGUUCCGACCGGGUGGAUGA